AUGGACGUCCGGCAGCACGAGUGGCUCUCCGCCUCCCCCCACGAGGGCUUCGAGCAGAUGAGGCUCAAAAGCCGCCCCAGGGAGCCGGCGCCGAGCCUGGCCCGCGCGGGCGCGAACUUCUACAGCAGCGUCAAGCAGCAGGACUACAGCGCCAGCGUCUGGCUCCGCAGGAAGGACAAGCUGGAGCACUCCCAGCAGAAGUGCAUCGUGAUCUUUGCCCUCGUGUGCUGCUUUGCCAUUCUGGUUGCAUUGAUAUUUUCAGCUGUGGACAUCAUGGGAGAGGACGAGGAUGGACUCUCAGAAAAAAAUUGUCAAAAUAAAUGUCGAAUUGCCCUGGUGGAAAAUAUUCCUGAAGGCCUUAACUAUUCAGAAAAUGCACCAUUUCACUUAUCACUUUUCCAAGGCUGGAUGAAUUUACUCAACAUGGCCCAAAAGUCUGUUGACAUAGUGUCUUCUCAUUGGGAUCUCAACCACACUCAUCCAUCAGCAUGUCAGGGUCAACGUCUUUUUGAAAAACUGCUCCAACUGACUUCGCAAAAUAUUGAAAUCAAGCUAGUGAGUGACGUGACAGCUGAUUCAAAGGUAUUAGAAGCCUUGAAAUUAAAGGGAGCUGAGGUGACCUACAUGAACAUGACCGCCUACAACAAGGGCCGGCUCCAGUCCUCCUUCUGGAUUGUGGACAAACAGCACGUUUAUAUCGGCAGUGCCGGUUUGGACUGGCGAUCCCUGGGACAGAUGAAAGAACUUGGUGUCAUCUUCUACAACUGCAGCUGCCUCGUCCUAGAUUUACAAAGGAUAUUUGCUUUGUAUAGUUCAUUAAAAUUCAAGAGCAGAGUACCUCAGACCUGGUCCAAGAGACUCUACGGAGUCUAUGACAAUGAAAAGAGAUUGCAACUUCAGUUGAACGAAACCAAAUCGCAAGCAUUUGUGUCGAAUUCUCCCAAACUCUUUUGCCCUAAAAACAGAAGCUUUGACAUAGAUGCCAUCUACAGUGUGAUUGAUGAUGCCAAGCAGUACGUGUACAUUGCGGUCAUGGAUUACCUGCCCAUCUCCAGCACCAGCACCAAAAGGACUUAUUGGCCAGACUUGGAUGGGAAAAUCAGGGAAGCAUUAGUUUUGCGAAGCGUUAAAGUCCGACUCCUCAUAAGCUUCUGGAAGGAAACUGAUCCCCUCACAUUUAACUUCAUUUCAUCUCUUAAAGCUAUUUGCACCGAAAUAGCCAACUGCAGUUUGAAAGUUAAAUUUUUUGAUCUGGAAAGAGAAAAUGCUUGUGCUACAAAAGAACAAAAGAAUCACACCUUUCCGAAGUUAAAUCGCAACAAAUACAUGGUGACAGAUGGUGCAGCUUAUAUCGGAAAUUUUGAUUGGGUCGGGAAUGAUUUUACCCAGAAUGCUGGCACGGGUCUUGUUAUCAACCAGGCAGAUGUACAGACUAACAGGAGCAUCAUUAAACAACUUAAAGAUGUGUUUGAGAGGGACUGGUACUCCCCCUAUGCCAAAACCUUACAGCCCACCAAACAGCCGAACUGCUCAGUCCUGCUCAAAUUCAAACUCCCCUCAGACAAAUCCACCCUCCACAACACUAGUGCCAAGAACUCCCCAAAAGAAUGUUCUUUCCCAUCUCCAAUUCCUCUCUUCCGGUUCUGCCUUGAACUUACCCCAAUCAGCCCGUCACCCACACCCCUCCACCCAGACAGCUCUUGCGAGGUCCCAAAUGAUGUGCACACAGUUAGAGACGAUGUUCGAUUCUCAGACACAUCUCACAUGACCUCGCACCUCAUCUGCCCGGCCGACCUCUCCCUCCUCCUGGAAACAGUCAUCCUCGGGCUUCUGGAACGGAUAUGCCCUGAUGUGCUGCUGACUCCCCAAAGUAUGUCUUCCGACCAGACCUCUCCCCUGAGCAAUGGACCUGCUCACGCAGCCUGUGUACUCACAUGUCUUGCAGAAAAUGCAGUCACGGCCACCGUGUAUCUGCCACUGGCCAACCCAGUAUUUGCCAUUUAUUUGAGCAAAGUGAUAGAGGGUGAACACACAGGACAGAAGAAGGAUUCGGAGAUGGAAAAUGUGCUGCCUGUGUUCCCCUUGGAGCUUGCUGACUCAGCAGAGAUAGGAAGAAAGCAGGUUUUUAGAUAUUCAAACACUGGGCAGAUGGUCAUAGUACUUGCUAUGACUGUCUCUACUUUCCAGCAGGUGAUUUGCAACCAGAUGGACACGAGGGAGACCUGGGCUGAAGAUGUGGAUUUGGGAUCCAUCAGUGAGCAGGUUUUUGUUGAGACUUGA